CUUUUUUAAAAAAAAAUAGAAAGUUAUAUAUACUUUUUUAGAAAUAUAUACAUACUAAUAUGGUCCGCAAUGCAACGCGUAAAAAAGUAGUUAUAGUUGGAGAUGGUGCUUGUGGCAAAACUAGCUUAUUAAUUGUCUAUCAAAAUGGUAGAUUUCCAGAGAAAUAUUUGCCUACAGUAUUUGAAAAUUAUAUUGCUCGAGUAAAUUUAGAUUAUAGAACAGUUGAGCUUGCUUUAUGGGAUACGGCUGGACAAGAGGAUUAUGAUAGACUACGUCCUCUAUCUUAUUUCGAAACAGAUGUUGUAAUUAUUUGUUUUGCUAUUGAUAAUAUAAUUUCCUUUCAGAAUGUUCGGGAUAAGUGGUUACCUGAAGUGAAGCACCAUUGUGGAAAUAACGUGUCAUUGCUUCUAGUUGGGCUUAAAACUGACUUACGCUCGGAAGCAUCAUGUGCUGCAAAAAAUAUUAUCAGUCAUCAGCAAGGCAUGAAUUUAGCUAAAGAAAUCGGAGCAAAAUAUGGAGAAUGUAGUGCGAAAACAAAUACUAAAGUUAGAGACGUGAUGAAAUUAGCUGCUACAAUUGCAGUUAAGCCAAAAAAAUUAAUAAGAAAAAGACGUUUAAGAUGCAAUAUUCUGUAAUAUUAUUCAUUGAUAGACUUGUAUGAUUCCCCGGUUUUUAUUUAUAUAACCCACCGCAAGCAUAUAUAUUAUAAUUAUGUAUUUAUAAAGAUAUAUAUAAUACGUAUACAUGUAUGUGUAUAAUGUUUAUUUUUUACUUUUUAUUUUUUUUUUAUUAAUUUUCAUUAGGAAACGUUUCCUCAA